AUGAGUACUGUAGGUGUUUACGAAAAUGUUCCCGGUGAGGGUGAUGAGACUAAUGAUGGAAUGGAUAAUUUUAGCGAAUCCAUAUUCAAUGAAAUAAAUGAUGACUUAGAAAUGAGUUUGGAGAAUGACAACCCUGAUUUUCUAGAUAUCUACCAUCUAACACCAAGACAGAGACUGAUAUAUACAGUUAAAAAAGUGCUCUAUCACUUAUCUAAUCAAUUUUUUAAGUUACCUUUAUGGCAACGAAUUAUAGCCACAGUUGCUACUGUAUUAUUUUUAAUCUUGGGUAUCAUGUUUUUAAUAUUCCAUAAAACUAUUCUGAAUUCUCUAGUAGAAACAUCGAAUAACUUAAGAGAGAAAACAUCAACGCAGUUUAUCUUAGGUCUAUUGAUUUUCACUGUGGCUUUCCCUCCAUUAAUAGGUUUUUCAUUUUUGUCAACAAGUACAGGUCUAAUCUAUGGUGUAUCUUUACAUGGGUGGUUACUAUUAUCGAUUAGUUCUGUCACAGGAUGCAUUGCCUCCUUUUAUGUCUUCCAAAAUAUAUUAAAGUCAAGGGCUCAGAGAUUAGUUCACUUGAAUAAAAGAUUUGAAGCAUUUGCUUCUAUUCUUCAAGAGAACAAUAGUUAUUUGAUACUUGCUUUGUUCAGACUAUGUCCAUUCCCUUACUCUUUGACUAAUGGUGCUAUUGCUGGUGUUUAUGGUGUUUCAUUGAAAAAUUUUGCUAUUGCCAACUUAAUCACAACCCCAAAGAUGUUUAUAUAUCUAUUCAUUGGAUCCCGCAUUAAGAACCUUGGAGAGACUAAAUCUACUGGUGAAAAGAUGCUUGAUUUAUUUUCUAUCUUAUUUACUCUAACGGUCUUAUUCUUUACUGCUUGGUUGUUAUACUUCAAGACUCAAAAUAAGUAUCGUGAAUUGAUUAACAAGCAGAAUCAAGAACAACAAUCUAUGUCUUCUGAAAUCCCAGAUUCUGUUUCAUUUGAAUUGUGA